AUGGAGGAAGGAAAAGAAAUGGCAGCACGUUGCUCAAGUCAUGCGAUUGAAGAAAAACUGGAUAUUGACAUGAGCCACGUUUCAGACUUUCCUCUUCUGACUGAUGAAAAGUUUGAUUUUGACCUUUCACUCUCUCCAGGAAGUGGAAAUGAAGAUGAAGUUUUUGUUGGACCUUUGAGACACAAAGAAAAAUGUAUUGCUGUCAAUAUUGAAGCAAAACAACAGACUGAAAAAAAGAGCGCACUUGCUUCUGAUGAUAAACUCCUGUGGAGCCCACUUACAGGAGAGAAAUUUGUGGAAAUUUUCAAAGAAGCUCAUUUGUUAGCACUGCAAAUAGAGACUGGAAACAAGAGUGAACAGACUAAGAUAAGCCAAUCAGAAGAACGGGAAAACAAGAUUAUAGAAAAAUUUGUGGAAGACUCAAAGUCAAAAUUGAAAAUACUGAGAAACCAAAAUAUAGACAAGAGUCCCAGGGUCGUUAAAAGGGAGACAUACUGUGUGUGGGAUAGCCCAGCAUGUCAGCUGCCACCUUGUUUUCAGAAGGAAUCAGAUAAGCUUUUGUCAGAUGAUGAAACACAUGGUUUUCAUACUCCUCCAAACAGAAGCCCUGUUAAAAUUCGUGUAUCUCCUACAAAAAUUGCCAGUUCUCCUCUGACACAAGAACAGAACACUGAAGAAAGAAAUACGAAGACAACUGGCAAACUGCCAAUGGCAAAACCUUCAUCCACUGUUGGAAAAAGUGAAUUGUUGACUAUUGAAAAGCCUAAACCAGGAAAACAUACCAGUAUUUCUACAAAAAGAGACUUGAACAGCAUGGGAUCAUCUGAAGAUACUUCUGAUAAAUCUAGUGCUGCUUCAGAUGUCUUUGAGUCUUCGUUCAGUGGCAGUUCCUCAGUGCAAGAUAAAAAAGCCCUUCCUGCACCAAGUAAGCCUGGCUUAAAGAAGAUAACACAUCUGAAACUUCCUGGUGUUGCCAGUGGUGUCACAAGAAAGACUACUUCAUCUUCUUCAUCAUCAAUUUCCAGCAUGAACUCAAGUCUGAACUCAAGUUUACCCAUUUCUCCCAUAGGAAAAAAUGGAAAAUCAAGCAUGUCUUCAAAAGCUAGUGUGAGCGGCUCUAAGCUUUCAUCUAGUACAAGCAGGCUGGCCUUUGUCAGACCUACUAGCGUAGGUCUGACCUCAUCUCUGCAGGCUGCCAAUGCUGAGAAAUCAAGGAAGCAAGCAAGAUCAGCUAGUACUCCCAAAAUACCUAGUGUUGUAAGCCUGGCUAAGUCUUUGGCUUCUGCAACAUCAUCUGAGGCUGUAGGCAGUGGAAUUCAGAGGCUGAGCUCUGUUCCCAAUCUGCAGAAGCUAUGUCAGCAGAAUAAAGAUGGAAGUGCAACAAGAGGAAACCCGUGUCCAAAGCCCAGGGCUAGAGUUUUGUCUGUUCCUACAAGUCAAACUAAGGUUCCAGUGAAGACUGGAGAUACACCACUAAACAAAUCGGCACCAAAAGCAACACCAUCUCUUGGAUUAACAUUUUAUGGCACACCUAGAAGUGCCAUGGCAGUCAGCACUCCUGUGAAAGCCUCAGAAGGUGGGAUCUUUCAGAAUUCUUGUUUUCCUGAAAGGUCCAUCUCCAUGACUCCUGCCAGUCUGAAACGGUCUGGCUUACCUACACCUGUUCGUCGUAUAUCAGGACUUCCAGUAGCAACUCCUAAAACUGCACCAAGAAUGGCAUUUUCUCCAUGUGCUGCAUCUUUUUGCCAAAGUUCCAGCUUUUCUACCAAAAAGACUCUUACAGCUGGUUCUAAACAGACAAAAGAGACUAAGACACAGAUAUCUUCUUCAGAAGAUGAUAUAUCUCCUCCACCUGUGCUACCUCUUGCACUUAACUUCUCACCAGAAAAAACUGCUACAGAAGUAAUAGAAAAUGAAUUAAGAGAUGCUGAAGUACAGAGUCAGCUGGCUGAAGAGAAACAAACAGAGGCCUUACUGGUAGAUAUUGGAGAAGACAAAUCUCUUCUACACGCUUUGGAAUGUGAAAGUAGACCUCUGAUUGACCUUUCCAAUACUCCCGAAGUGAAUAAGAUUAUUCCUCUAAAGCCUACCUUCUCAGGGCAGGUAAAGCUAAUUGAUUUGAGUUCGCCUCUUAUCACUCUGAGUCCUGAUAUAAACAAAGAAAAUCUGGAUUCCCCUCUACUCAAAUUCUGA